ACUCACGUGACGCACCUCCUCCUCGCGCAGGUCCCUCUCGCUCGCCCCUCCCCCUCUCCCCCCCGCCAGCUGCGUGCGCAGCCGGAGGCAGGCCCUGGCCGGCUCUCGUAGGUGUCGGUGACCGUGGGAAGCGGGGAUGAGUCCCCGCGAGCCCCUCCACUGACGCCGCUGCCACCGCCGUCCAGCAGGAAAGCAGCUGAGGGGCCGGGUCACCUUGAACCAUGGCUUGUGAGGUGGGGCCAAAGGCGGCUGAUAGCACCUUCUCGUCCGACAGACAUGCCCAGAUCAUCCUGGCCCAGAUUAAUGAGAUGCGGAGCGGGCAGGAUUUCUGCGACGUGCAACUGCAGGUGGGAGAGGCUGAGUUCCGCGUGCACCGGCUGGUGCUGGCUGCCAGCAGCCCCUACUUUGCUGCCCUCUUCACUGGGGGAAUGAAGGAAUCCUGCAAGGAUGAGGUGCAGAUCCUGGGCAUCGAAGCAGGAAUUUUCCAGACUCUUCUGGAUUUCAUCUAUACAGGUGUGGUGAACAUUGGGGUGAACAAUGUUCAGGAGCUGAUCGUGGCUGCUGACAUGCUCCAGCUGACCGAGGUGGUGGACCUGUGCUGUGAAUUUCUGAAAGGACAAGUAGAACCGUCCAAUUGCAUCGGCAUCUUCCAGUUCUCAGAGCAGAUUGCCUGCCAUGACCUGCUUGAAUUCACGGAGAACUACAUCCAUGUGCAUUUCUUGGAGGUGAGCGGCGGGGAAGAGUUUUUGGCACUGACCAAGGAUCAGCUGAUUAAGAUUUUGAGAAGUGAGGAACUGAGCAUUGAAGAUGAGUACCAGGUGUUCUUGGCUGCCAUGCAGUGGGUUCUGAAGGACCUGGGCAGGAGGAAGAAGCAUGUGGUUGAAAUCCUGGAGCCCGUCCGAUUCCCCCUGUUGCCUCCGCAGAGGCUAGUCAAGUACAUAGAAGGAGUUCCUGACUUCAGCCUCCGAGUGGCCCUGCAGACCCUGUUGAAAGAGUACUGUGAGAUGGGCAAGCCCCCCAAGGAUAACAGGUUCUGCAGUUUUCUGCAGACCUCCAAGGUGCGGCCUCGCAAGAAAGCCAGGAAGUACCUGUACGCCGUAGGCGGAUACACCCGGCUUCAGGGAGGCCGAUGGAGCGACAGCAGAGCCCUCAGCUGCGUGGAGCGUUUCGACACCUUCAGCCAGUACUGGACCACAGUGUCUUCCCUCCACCAGGCCCGUAGCGGCCUGGGAGUAGCAGUAGUGGGAGGGAUGAUCUAUGCCAUUGGAGGGGAAAAGGAUUCGAUGAUCUUUGACUGCACGGAGCGCUAUGACCCUGUUACAAAACAGUGGACAACUGUGGCUUCCAUGAACCAGCCCCGUUGUGGCCUGGGGGUGUGCGUGUGUUAUGGGGCUAUCUAUGCUUUGGGUGGAUGGGUUGGAGCCGAGAUAGGAAACUCCAUCGAACGAUUUGAUCCUGAGGAAAAUAGCUGGGAAGUCGUUGGCAGCAUGGAUGUGCCGCGCUACUACUUUGGCUGCUGUGAGAUCCAAGGUUUAAUCUAUGUGGUCGGUGGCAUCAGCAAUGAGGGUGUGGAGCUCAGCUCUGUUGAAGCAUACAACCCAAUUUCCAAGUGUUGGUCCACGCUUCCUCCCAUGGGAACCAGGAGAGCCUAUCUGGGGGUGGCCGCCCUCAAUGACUGCAUCUAUUCGAUCGGAGGGUGGAAUGAGACCCAGGAUACGCUGCACUCGGUAGAAAAAUACUCUUUUGAGGAGGAGAGGUGGGUUGAAGUUGCACCUAUGAAAGUGCCCCGAGCUGGCGUGUGCGUAGUGGCGAUAAAUGGGCUGCUGUACGUCUCUGGAGGCCGGUCUUCCAGCCACGAUUUCUUGGCCCCCGUCACCUUGGACUCAGUCGAAGUGUACAACCCUCACUCUGACACAUGGACCGAAAUAGGUAACAUGAUCACUAGUCGGUGUGAAGGGGGCGUGGCUGUGCUGUGACAGGUAUCAGAAAACCUGGGCUCGAGGAAGAGGACUCUGGGGCUUGGGACAGAAAUAGAGGAGAGGGAGGCCCUGAGGUCAGAAUGGUGGAUGCUCCCAAGUGCAGAAAGGGCUGCAAAGCUGGCUGAUGCUGUCCUCUUGAGAAUGGUGUGGGACAGGCUUGGCAGACCCACCCUGACAGCAAGCCAUCUGGUUCCCAUUCCCAGACCUGUCCUGUUCAAGGACCCACACUGCCCUUUUUGUGCCCUUGAUCCUGUCAGGGGCUUUUCCUGUGAGGUCUAAGUACUCCUUCACACAGAGUUUUGUUCACCCACAAUGAAAACAAUACCACUGCCCAUGCUACCUGCCCCAAAAAGCAAGGGGAACAACUGCCCAGCCCUUAGUGCCAGGUGGUGUCUUUCAUUGGCACCAGACCCUCCAUCAGCAGCAUAUUUACUGGGAGAGGCUGGUGUGAAAUGGAAACGAUCCUGUCAGAAACUCAUGGCAAACCUUGGUUUGCUGGUUUUUGCUUGGUCCCCCUACUGACUGGGCAAGUUCUGAAAUCUCCAGUCAGCCUUCUGAAACGGGGGCCACAGGCAGUGGCCCCAGCCCUCACUUAUCUGAGUUGGGGGGUCUCCCACGGAUCAUGCCUGCUCCUCCUCCAGCUGUUAUCUGCUUGCCUGCCUGCCUGCCUGCCGGUGAAGCUUCCUUAAAAGUGCUGCCUCACAAGGGCUGCCCCCAGCCCUUUGCAGGCUCACCCCCGUUGUUAUCUGCAGGCUUUUGGCAAAGGGUGAGAUCAUGGGUGGAAGGUUCAGCCUGGGACUGCUUCUCUGCACCUUGCUUGCCUGUGCCAGCUUCAGCUCCCCAAUUCUCAAGAGCCUGGUACACCCUGAAUCCCCAAGUUGUUUAUUGACAGAGCAGUUGUGCAGAGUUUUCAUUUCCUUACUGUGGCAUUCUGAACCCUGGCUGCAUCUUAGGUCCAAAAAGCUUAAUUAGUAAACCUUUGCAAAGGCGCUUUUGGUGUAGAAACCCCCUGUAAGUCACUUUCCUCCUCCCCUGGAGAACGUGACUGUCUUGGCAUCUGCCUUAUCAGAGUGGUUGUGAGGAUCCAGUGAAAUAAUCUCUGUAAAGCGCAUUGCAAAUGCCAGCUGUUCUCCGCUUCUAAUAAACACUGGAAAGAUUUUGCUUGCA